GCAAUCCACCCUUCUCAGCCUCCCAGAGUGCUGGGAUUACAGGCGUGAGCCACUGCGCCCGGCCCAUUCGUUUUUAAGUGGUUUUAUGUCACGUGACUUUCGCGCCAAUGAAAUAAAAUAUAAAUAAAUAAAUAAGCAAGCUCACACCAGCGAGAAGAUAGAGGGUGGAUUUUAAGGCGGCAAGAGGUGAGGAAGGACGUCCAGUUGGGAAGCUACUGCAGCAGUCCGAGCGAGAGAUGGGGGUGCCUUAGAGUCUCACUCAGCUCACGCUGCUACAACAAAAUGCCACAGACUCGGUGGCUUCAAUAAAUAGCAAGCGUUUAUUUCUGACAGUUCUGGAGGCUGGAAGUCCAAGUUCGGGGCGUGGGCGUGGUUUGCUGCUGGUGAGGACUCUCUUCCUGGUUUGCAGACAGCUGCCCUCUAGCUGUGUCUCACUUGGAGGACAGAGAGAACAUCUCCUGUCCCUUUUUAUGGGGGCGCUAAUCCCAUCAUGGGGCUCCACUGUCACGACCUAAUGACCUUCCAAAGGCCCCACCUCCUUAUACCAUGACAUUGGGGAUUAAGGCUAUGAAUUUGGGGGAACACAAAUGUUCAUUCCGUAGCACUUAGCUAGGGUAGCACAGCGGGCGUGGAAACAGGUGGUGGGAUUUGAGGUCUGGUUUGGAGGUUGAACCCUCAGGGCUUGCUAGAGAGGGAAGAGAGUGCAGGACUCCCAGGUGCUGGGCUAACUGGGUGGAGAGUGGUUCCACCCCGACUAUAUCUUCCAAUUUAAAAACUUCGUGCAAGCACACACACACAUGUGUACACACACACAAACAUGAACCUCCCCUCCACAUGUACACACCCACAUAAUUCACACAAUGCACACAAAUGCACGCACAUGUAGACAGACCUGCGCAUGACAGAUACAUGCACGCCCAUGUGCAUGUACAACCUGCACAUGACAGAUACAUGCAUGCCCAUGUGUGUGCACACACACCUGCACAUGACAGAUACAUGCAUGCCCAUGUGCAUGUACACACCUGUGCAUGACAGAUACAUGCAUGCCCACGUGCACACAGACACCUGCACAUGACAGAUACAUGCAUGCCCAUGUGCACACAUACACCUGCACAUGACAGGUACAUGCAUGCCCAUGUGCACGUGCACACACCUGCACAUGACAGAUACAUGCAUGCCCAUGUGCACGCACACACACCUGCUCAUGAGAUACAUGCGUGCCCAUGUGCAUGCACACACCUGCACAUGACAGAUACAUGCAUGCCCACGUGCAUUCACACACACCUGCACAUGACAGAUACAUGCAUGCCCAUGUGCACACACACGCACAUGCACACAUGUACACAGACCACACACAGAUGCACUCCACAAACAUAUGCACACACCUGCUAACACACACAUGUACAUGUACAUGCCUGAACACACAUGCACACAGAUAUAAGGUACCUGCGCACAUGUACUUACAUGUAUGCACAUGUACACAUACCUGCACACACCUGAAUACACACACCCUUAUGCAAACAGCACACACAUAUGCCUACAGACUUGUGCACACACAUGAAUACACACAUGUGCACACACACGCAUACACACGUGUGCACACACACACACUCCUCACUCCACUCUUGUACUUUUCACUGCCCUUGUCGCCAUCUAAACACCACAUAUUAUUUUCUUAUUGAUUCGGUUUCUUGUCUCUCUCAACGCAUCCGAAUAGGCGCUCGCUCCAUACAAGCGGGGCCUCGGUGCCCCGGUUCACUGCUGUGUCCUUGGAACCCGCAGCGGUGCGUGGCACACGCAGGAAGUCCUCAGUCAGUGUCUGGUGACCGAGUCAACGCAGCCGCGGCCAAGAAGGGAAAGCUGGGGCCUCCCCUCUGCGAUCCACACCUGAGUCACAUUGUCAGAAGCGGCUGGAAAGUGUGAGAGACACUGCGUGAGUGAGAGUGAGCCGGCGGGGUGGCGGGGACAGGAAGGAGAGGAGGCGAGUGGGGAAGGGGGUGGGGCCCGGCCCGGCUCUAAAGGCGCCCGGGGCCCAGGGCGCCGUCCGCAGCCGCUCGGCCGGGAGCGUUGGGCAACUUGGGUUUCCUCUGCGGCGGCGGAAGGGACCGGGUGCCAGCCCUGUCCCCGGGCGCUUGGGGCCGCGUCUGUUCGGGCAUGGAGGAGACAGCCGUGCGGCCCUCGGUGUUCUCGGUGGAAGGACACACGGACAUCCCGUUCAGGAGGCUGGGACGAAGCCGCGGGGGGCGGCCCUGCAGCGCGGCCCGCGUGGGCCUGGGUCUCCUGCUCUUCGCCAUGGGGGCCGCGCUGGCCGUCCAGGGCUGGUUCCUGCUGCAGCUGCACUGGCGCCUGGCGGACACCGUGGGCCGCCUGCCGGACGGAGACUCAGGCUCCUGGGAGCAGCUGAUGCAAGAGCGGAGGGCCCACCGUGUCAACCCGGCAGCACACCUCACAGGGGCCAACUCCAGCCUGACGGGCAGCGGCGGCCCGCUGCUGUGGGAGACGCAGCUGGGCCUGGCCUUCCUCAGGGGCCUCCGCUACCGCGACGGGGCCCUGGUGACCACGGAGGCGGGCUACUACUACGUGUACUCCAAGGUGCAGCUGGGCGGCGUGGGCUGCCCCCCGGGGCUGGCCGGCGGCCUGCCCGUCACGCACGGCCUCUACAAGCGCACGCCGCGCUACCCCGAGGAGCUGGAGCUGCUGGUCAGCCGGCGGUCGCCCUGCGGGCGCGCGGCCAGCGCCCGCGUCUGGUGGGACAGCAGCUUCCUGGGCGGCGUGGUGCACCUGGAGGCCGGGGAGGAGGUGGUCGUCCGCGUGCCCGAGGAGCGCCUGGUGCGCCUGCGCGACGGCACGCGCUCCUACUUCGGGGCCUUCAUGGUGUGAGCGCGCGGGCGCGGGGGCGGCGCGCGGAGACCCCGGCCCCUGUCUCCGGGCCACGGGAGCCCCAGAGAAGCUGAGGUCUGGGAGGGCCCCCGGGGGAUCCAGAGCCCAGGAGGCCGAGAGCUCCGCGGGCACCUCGGGGGACCCAAGAACUCAGACACCCCGAGAGGCGGGAGACCCCCCGGACUGCAGACCCCGCCACGCACAGGACUCGACACGGAGCCCCGGGGACUUGGGGCCUGCAGGCCCCGCGCGGGGCAGAGCGGAUUUGCCUGAUAUUCAGGAAGCACGGGGGAGGGGUGGGUAUUUAUACUUUUGAUUCAGAGGAAAGAGGGACUUGGGCAUCCAGGGGACAGUCGCCGUCCCCGCCCUCACAAGCACGAGCAGGGACUCACGCGGGCGGAGAGCCGGUCCCGCCCCACCACAGUCAUGGUCAUACCCUCGGGUCCCUCCCACGGACUGGGGGCCACACCUCGGCCUGGCCACAGAACCUUAUGCUCGGAGACACGGGGCCCGGCGACAUGCUUCUAGCUGUCGAGCCACCAGCUCUCCGGGGUGCCAGGAGCGGCUUCCCGGCGUUUGCCCGCCCAUGUCCGUGGUGCAAAUGCCGCCACCGUGGCCGGUCUCUGGGCACCCGCAGACCGCCAGCCGGCUGGCUGUGUCCCCUCGUUGCUACGCAGACGCGGCACAAGGACACCACGAGCCCAGCGCUCGCAGACUGAGAGGGAGGAAGGAGGGAGGAGCGGCCGCACAGUCCAGCCUGUGGCAUCCCGCGGAAUCUGUCGCCUGGCCACCUGGCGUCCCUUGCGGCCCACAAUGACGGACUCACACAGGCAGAGCCUCGGACCCCGGCAUAAUCCCAUGGAAGUCCCAGCACUGCGGAACAGUCACGGCGUUGCCCGGCAACCGUCUACCACUCAGCCACAGGGCUGUCACCGUCACACUUGGCAACGCUCAUCCCAGCAGAUGCGGACACGCCCAUCACGGCCAGGCCCGGUGCCACACACGCCACAUCACAAUGAUAAACACGCGACCACGUCCCAUACACACACACACACACACACACACACACACACACACAGCCUCAGCGCUCCUCCCGGGCCAAGACGGACACGUCCUGGGGUUGGGACCAGACCUUGCUCGCCGCCCUGGGCCUCUUCACUGCUGGUCCCUGAAAUAAAUGGGGAACAACGGUC